CAAUGAUGAUGAGGUCGAAGACCCGCGUUUGGUUUACAUUUUUAAUUACUUAAUUAAGGCUUGGAAAAUCAAAAGCGAUGUUAUAGACACAAUGAUGCGAAACCCGGAUUUUAAUUUUAUGGUUAUGGAUUUUAUUAAAUCACCGGAUAAAUGUAAAAUUUUAUUUACCCUGAACUCGGCUGGUUUAAUGACUCCAAUGGAUGAAUUUAUUCAUAGUUUCAAGACAAAAGUGUCUUAUAUUGUAAAACUUGAUUCUGUUGAAAUCACUAAUGAUAACUUUGAAUCUCAACUUAUAUGCGGUGAAGUGUCAUCAAAUCCUAUUGAGGAUUUAAAAACAGCAGCUGAAACUAUUUUGUUGAAUUUGUCUUCCGAAAAUAACGAUGUACUCAUGAAUGUAUCAAAUGAUGUUAUAGUGGACGUCCAGGAUAAGUUUAAUGACUUCCUUUCGAACAUAAAUAACACCAUAGGGAGCUUCAAAAAUCAUCUGAGCUUGACACUACCUUAUGGGUUUGAACACAUCACUACUGCAUUGGAUGAAUUCAAGAAAAGUGAUGGAAGAAUCAUAGAUGAAGUAUUAAAACAGAGAUUGGAAAAAAAAGUGUGUGCGUGGUCCAUUGAAUUAAAUAGAAUAGUAGCAAUCAAACCUAAUGUGAUAAUGGAAAAAGAUCCUCUGGCAUCAUCGGCAGACUACAUAGUUUUCUGGAAAAAUCAAGAAAAACAAAUUUCCCUAUUUUAUGAACAAAUAGAUCAACGAAUCGGUGAUUUUUUGAUUGUCACGAAUAGUCCAUAUGUUGAUUUAUACAGAGAAAUAAAAGAAAGGGCAAUGACUGUAAAAAGAGAAGUAAAUCUCAUCAACACGUUCUUGGCUACACUUGUUAAGCAUAUAAAUAUAGUCGAGGAAGAGGGUUUGGUUGAGUCAAAAGUAGAACUGACCGUCUUAUGGAGAAAAUUGGCUUGUAUAUGGUUAAACUGUCCGAACUUCCAAAAUUAUGAUUACAUUAUUGUUUUGAUAAAAGUUCUUUGUAACAUGAUUAUGAUUCAAUCUUCAAGAUACUUAGAACCGACUGCUUUAUUUCAAGGCGAGCUCGUGGAGAACUUGGGUAAAGUCGAUGAUAUCAAAGAUAUUCUUAAUUAUUUCAGAGAUCAGUUUAAAUAUAUUCAAACGGAAUAUCUUCCCAAUAAAUUUGAAAAAUUUAUGUUGGAAAAUCCUUCUGCUCGCAAUCACAGACCACGUUAUUGGAACUUCCAUACAGACGACAUAUUUGGAAAUCUCUGCAUGUUUGAAGAUCGAUUAAACUCUAUGAGGGCUAUGUUAAUUAAUUUUAUUGACUAUCAAAAUUUGGAAAAAGUCGAGAUGGGUGGUCUUAUGGGUCGUUGGUAUAGUUCUACUAUCGAAGAGGUGUCUUUGCUUUUUUCAAAAAACCUUGAGAAUAUGAGUUCCAUUACGUACGACCCGUUGGAUAUGUUAAAUGAUGAAUUUAAUGCUUCUUUUCUAAAAGAUUACGAUAACCAUUUGGCUAUUUCAAAUGAUAUUGACAAUCGUCUUGCAACGAUUUGUAAAAUUUGUUUCGAAAAGAGCGAUAAUUUAAUGGCAAUACAAAAGUUCAUAACGGUGUUCCGUUCGGGUGUGCUGAAUCGACCAGUCGUGGAAGCUGUUGUGACAAAAUACUAUGAGAAAAUUUUGGAUCAAAUAGAGGAAGAAAUAGCCAUACAGAAGAGAGCUAUGGACAGUUUGACAGAAAAGCCACCUAUGGAGAUUUCUGAAUUAAGUGACUAUUACGAAACGCGUAUCAAGCCCGAUGAAUUGGAAAAAGUUUACCCACCGGUAGCUAGAGAAAUCAUGUGGGAUUAUUCGCUACAGACAAACCGAUUAUUGGAAUAUCUAGAUGCUAUUAAGAUUAUGAAAUUACCGAUCAUGCAAUCUCCGAGAGCAAUUAGAAUUCAACAAAAGAUUGACUUGCUAACGGAUGAUUUAAAAAAAUAUUUACAUCCUAUUUUUGAUGAGUGGAAACGCAUUGUUCCGAAGCAGAUACAGGAGGGUAUUGCGAAUCCACUGUUUACAUUACACAGCGAUAAAACAAUCAGCAUCAAUUUUAAAAAAGAACUUGAUUCUGCAAUCAAAAUAACCAGAUAUCUAUUGCUUGGCAUAUACUAUUACAAAGACCCGAUUUUUAAAAUCAAAUUAGACGAUAUACCAAUCGAUGCAAUUGAGCUCUACAAACGAGAAAGUCAAAUUUUUGCAUAUAAAAUAGAUAUCGAGGAAAUAGUAAAAUGGUACAAUAUGCUGAGAACGAAAACUCAUAUUUCAGAGUUCCAAUUAAUAGUUAAAGAAAUCGAAAAUAUCGAUAUCCUAAUUAAUGAAGCUCAAAUAUCCGUCACGUGGAAUUCGGAAGUGUAUGACGAUAUAGAAGAAGAAACAAGAAGAGAAAUAGAAGGAGAAGAAGAAGAAGAAAACCGUCCACCUCCAUUAACAUUAAUACAAAAAACGAUCAAGGGUAUUCAUGUCUUGACAGGAAACCUUUACGAACGUGUAGUGCACGCACAAACCAAUCUCCAACAAAUAAUUGCAUUAGCUAGUCAUUGGAUAAAUAUUCCUCUGUACGUGCGUGAUAAAACUACAAAACGUAUAACUUUUGGCAAUCAGUUGGAUGAGAAAAAAACAGCAAGGUAUGCGGAAAUAAAAGCCGCCAGUACAAAAAUACAGAGAUUGCUGAAGGAAAACAUUUUGUUACUUAAUAACGUACCUUUGCUGGAUCCAAAUCAUGGAGAAUCUUAUACUGAAAAUGAUAAUGAAACUAAGCAAGAAGAAGAAGAGGAAGAAGAAGUAGGAGUAGAUAAUAAAUCAGAAAAGGAAGACCAAGCGGUUUUGGCGGUGGUAGAAGAGGAAGUUUAUUCUGAUUUGGGAGAAUCCAUCAACGAAGACGAGAACAUUGUUCUAGAAGAAAUAGCAGUUGAAGAAAAAUUACAUUCUCAAGAAGAGAUGCUUUUAGAAGAAAUAGAUAUGGAAGAACAAGAAGAGAUAAUCGACUAUUUAGAUAUGCAGGUUCUAAUUAUUUUAUCUGAUGAAGAUGUUAAAGCAAUAUGGGAAAAAUAUAAACACUACGUAGAUGAAACAGUAUUUUUUGUACUACAAGAUACAAUUCUUUGCAGCCUUAAGUAUAUCGAGCAUAAUAUUAUAAGUGUCAAAGGUUCAAUGGCAUUAUUUUUGGUUGUAUACCAUCUUAACUAUGAUGGUCCAUAUUUUUCACCAAACUUGGAUGUGAAUAUUGAACCAAACUUUUUCGGAUUAAUUUCUAAUUUACUAGAAGAUAUUAUUGAAAUGGGAUCGCAUUUGGACAGAAUCGAUACUAAUUACCCACCAUAUAAUGAAGAUAUUAAAAAAGUUGAAGAGGUAAUUGAAUCUGUAAAUAAUAUACUCAUUCAAGCGGAGAUAACGAUAAAAAAAAUAUGGUCAAACGACCAAAGCAAUUUACUAUCAAAUUUUUUAAAAUAUGCAAGAGAAUUAACUCCAGAAGAACAGGAAACUCUUCAAUUUGAAGUAGACGCAGAAGGAGAACCAUUAUUACCACUUAAUGCACCAAAAUUAAGCGAUUUUCAAACGAAAGUACGUGUAGUCAUAGAUUAUAUUUUUUAA